AUUCAUGGCGGCUUCCAAUGGAAGCGAAUACUUUGAGGUUGAUGUUGAUCGCCGAAGAGAUUCCUUUGCAUGGCGAUCUUCGAAUGCCGAAGAGGUUGAGAAAGACGAAGAAGAACUCCUCUGGGCUGCGCUUGAGAGAUUACCGUCUCAGAAACGCGAUAAUUUUGCACUUCUUAGGCGAACUUCUUCGGAAUCCGAUGGAGGAGAGGAAAUAACAGAGACGAUCGAUGUCAGGAAAAUGAAUCGUGAAUGUCGUGAACUCGUCGUCCAGAAAGCUUUUGCGACUAACGAGCAAGACAACUUCAAGCUCUUGUCCGGCGUCAAACAACGCCUCGACAGAGCAGGAUUGGCGAUCCCGCACGUCGAAGUGAGAUUCCAAAACCUAAGCAUAUCUGCAGAAGUUCAAACAGGCACGAGAGCUUUGCCUACGUUGAUUAAUUACAGCCGUGACAUGGUCGAGCGACUGCUAACGGCCUUGAAGAUAUUUCGUGCUAAAAGGCAUACUCUUAAAAUCCUCGAUAACAUCACCGGUUGUGUGAAACCAGGAAGGAUGACAUUGCUUCUAGGACCUCCAGGUUCCGGAAAAUCAACCUUCCUGUUAGCUCUUGCGGGUAAACUCGACCCUAAUUUAAAGAAAACUGGAAAUAUUUCAUACAAUGGACACAAACUUGAUGAGUUUUGUGUACAAAGAACUUCUGCAUACAUAAGUCAAAUGGAUACCCAUAUUGGUGAGCUAACUGUGCGAGAAACUUUAGAUUUUGCGGCGAGAUGUCAAGGUGCCGGUGAAGACUUUGCAGGAUAUUUGAAAGAUCUGUAUGGACGGGAGAAGGAAAUGAAGAUACGUCCUAGUCCGGAAAUUGAUGCAUUUAUGAAGGCAUCAUCUGUCAGUGGCAAGAAACACAGUAUCGCAACAGAUUACAUCUUGAAAGUUCUCGGUCUUGAUGUUUGUGCAGAUACUUUUGUGGGCAAUGAAAUGCUCAGAGGUGUUUCAGGUGGUCAGAGAAAGAGAGUUACUACUGGCGAAAUGGUUGUUGGGCCAAGAAAAACCCUCUUCAUGGAUGAAAUAUCUACCGGUCUUGAUAGCUCAACCACAUAUCAAAUCGUAAAAUGCAUUAAGAACUUUGUUCACAGUAUGGAGGGUACUGUUUUGAUGGCUCUUCUUCAGCCUGCGCCUGAGACGUUUGAUUUAUUUGAUGACCUUAUACUGUUAUCUGAAGGACAGAUCAUUUAUCAUGGACCUCGAGCAGAUGUGUUAAAGUUCUUUGAGUCAUUAGGCUUUAGACUGCCCCCUCGUAAGGGCGUUGCAGAUUUCCUUCAAGAGGUUACCUCUAGGAAGGAUCAAGGACAAUAUUGGGCUGAUUCUUCAAAACCAUAUGUAUUUCUUCCGGUUUCAAAAAUUGCAGAUGCAUUCAAACAAUCUGAAGUUGGACGUUCUUUGGACUCCAUCUCUUCAGUUCCAUAUGAUAAGAAGAAAAAUCUUCCUUCAGCUCUUGCCAAGACAAAGCUAGCCAUAUCAAAAUGGGAAAUCUUCAAAGCAUGCUUUCAACGAGAAAUUUUGCUGAUCAAAAGGCACCGUUUCCUUUAUAUUUUCAGAACAUGCCAGGUUGCAUGUGUUGGACUUAUCACAUGCACAAUGUUUCUACGAACAAGACUCCAUCCGACAGACGAGUUUAAUGGGAAUCUUUAUCUUUCUUGCCUGUUUUUUGGGCUGGUUCAUAUGAUGUUUAAUGGAUUUUCUGAGCUACCUAUUAUGAUUACUCGACUACCAAUCUUCUAUAAGCAAAGAGACAAUUUCUUCCACCCUGCUUGGGCUUGGGCCAUUCCUAGUUGGGUUUUGCGUAUUCCUUACUCAGUCAUUGAAGCUGUUGUAUGGUCUUGUGUUGUAUAUUAUACAGUUGGCUUUGCUCCUGGUGCUGGGAGGUUUUUCUGCUACAUGUUCCUCCUAUUUGCAGUACACCAAAUGGCAUUGGGCUUGUUCCGAACGAUGGCUGCUCUUUCACGAGAUAUGAUCAUUGCAAAUACAUAUGGAUCUGCUGCACUGCUAAUUAUACUCUUGUUGGGUGGAUUUAUCCUUCCAAAAGCAAUGAUCAAGCCAUGGUGGAUAUGGGCGUUUUGGUUGUCACCAUUGCAAUAUGCACAGCGUGCAAUUUCAGUGAAUGAGUUUACUGCCACAAGAUGGAUGGAGGCAUCUGCAUAUGGAAAUAUCUCUGUUGGAUAUGAGGUUCUUCGUUCACAUUCUCUACCCAGUAGUUCUUACUGGUACUGGCUUGGGGUUGGGGUUUUAUUGGCAUAUUCACUGCUUUUCAAUGGUAUAGUUAUUCUUGCCUUGGCCUACCUCAACCCUAUCGGAAAGAGCAAGACCGUAAUUCCACUUGAUGGCACAGAACAGAAUUCUGAUCUUGGUGCUGAUGUAGGAACAAGUCAGGCAUCUACAAUCACAUCUAAUGAAAAUACAUCUACCAAAAAGGGAAUGAUUCUUCCAUUUCAGCCAUUAUUGAUGACAUUUCAUAAUGUCGAUUACUUUGUUGACAUGCCAAAGGAAAUGGCUGCAAAGGGUAUCCCAGAAAAGAAGUUGCAACUCUUGUCAAAAGUGAGUGGAGUAUUCUCACCAGGUGUUCUUACUGCAUUAGUUGGUUCGAGUGGAGCUGGAAAAACCACACUGAUGGAUGUGCUUGCGGGUAGGAAGACUGGUGGAUAUAUAGAAGGUGAUAUUAAGAUAUCAGGGUACCCAAAAGAGCAAAGCACUUUUGCCCGAAUUUCAGGAUAUGUUGAACAAUCAGAUAUUCAUUCUCCUCAAGUUACGAUUGAGGAGUCAUUAUUGUUCUCUUCAGGUCUCCGUCUUCCGAAGGAAACCAGCAAAGAAACUAAACGUGAGUUCGUUGAACAAGUCAUGGAAUUAGUAGAGCUUGAUACUCUGAGGAAUGCGUUGGUUGGUUUGCCUGGAAGUAGUGGUUUAUCUACUGAACAGAGAAAACGCUUGACAAUAGCAGUGGAGCUUGUUUCAAAUCCUUCCAUUAUUUUUAUGGAUGAACCUACAUCAGGAUUGGAUGCAAGGGCUGCAGCCAUUGUGAUGCGUACUGUUCGUAAUACUGUUGAUACUGGUAGAACGGUGGUUUGCACCAUACAUCAGCCAAGUAUUGAUAUAUUUGAAGCAUUUGAUGAGCUACUACUUAUGAAGAGAGGGGGCCAAGUUAUAUAUGGUGGGAAGCUUGGUACAAACUCCCAAAUUAUGAUUGACUACUUCCAGGCAAUUAAUGGAAUUCCUCCUAUUCCCAGUGGAUACAAUCCAGCAACUUGGGUGCUUGAGAUCACCACACCUGCUGCUGAGCUGAGACUUGGUCUAGAUUUUGCACACACAUACAGGAACUCUGAUCUGUACAGGGGAGUGGAAGCUACGAUUGAGCGUCUGAGCAUCCCACCUGCUGGUUCUGAGCCCUUGAAGUUUUCUUCUGUAUAUGCACGAGAUAGUGUUGGUCAAUUUUGGAUAUGUUUGUGGAAGCAAAAUCUUGUGUAUUGGAGAAGUCCCGAAUACAACGCCGUGCGUUUAUUCUUUACUACAAUUAGUGCAUUGAUAUUGGGUACAAUAUUUUGGGAUAUUGGUUCAAAAAGGAGCACCUCACAGAACUUACUUGUGGUUAUGGGCGCUCUUUAUUGCGCAUGCUUGUUUCUUGGAGUGAAUAAUUCUUCUUCGGUGCAGCCAAUUAUUUCUAUAGAGAGGACAGUUUUCUAUAGAGAGAAAGCAGCUGGACUGUACUCUCCAUUUCCCUAUGCGAUGGCCCAGGGCCUCAUAGAGAUUCCUUAUAUUGUGAUACAAACAUUAAUAUUUGCGUUCAUCACAUAUUUUAUGAUUAAUUUUGAAAGGACAAUAGUGAAGUUUCUUCUCUAUGUUCUGUUCAUGUUCCUCACGUUCACCUACUUCACAUUCUAUGGGAUUAUGGCUGUUGGUCUUACACCUAAUCUACAGUUGGCGGCUGUCAUUUCUUCAGCUUUCUACUCAUUGUGGAACCUGCUUUCAGGUUUCCUAGUCCCACAACCAUACAUCCCGGGAUGGUGGAUCUGGUUUUAUUAUAUUUGCCCGCUGGCAUGGACCCUAAGGGGCAUCAUAACCUCUCAGCUAGGUGAUGUGGAGACUAUGCUUGUUGCGCCUGGAUUUGAGGGAACUGUGAAGGAGUAUCUCAAUGUUAGUCUCGGCUUCAAAUCAGGAAUGAUCGGUGUUUCUGUAGCAGUCCUCAUUGGCUUCAGUUUUUUGUUCUUCGUUGUCUAUGCAGUUUCUGUCAAGGUCUUUAACUUCCAGAAAAGAUGAUGCUUUCUGGGUCUUAUGGGCAAAAUAGAUGUGAAGAUGGCAUUGGACAUUGUAGUGGUGGUUCUUGCAUCCACAAAAUCUUAGAUUGGAGCAGCGUGCUGAUUUCGCACUCGCUGUUUAUU